CUCAUCCAGUGUCAUCCAGCUGCUGACAGCGCAGCUUGAUGCCUUACAUAUAGGUACCUGAGCUGCACGGCCAAGCUCGAACUGGAGUUGAGACACAAUUGUGCGAAUCCUUCCAUUCAAUGCCAUCCUACCGCUGCCUUUGGCACUCUCCUAUCGACGUCAUACCCAGGUUCUAGGCCCAUGUCUCGCAUUGCGGCUGCACAUGGGGCUUCCGACCAGUCACGCCUGCAUUUAUACAAAGCUCCGGCGCAGGCAGGCCUAUGACACUUCCCGACGGCAACACCACUGGGCCGAACAGGCAUCUCGAGGUUGUCCAAGGAAUUCCUCUGGAAUCCUUGGCCUCGGGAUCCGCACUCGGACAAGGACCCACGCUGCUCACCCCCGGGCUUGCUUCCCCUCAUCUCCACAACAACGAGCCGCUGCUAUCAUCGCACGACCGCGCCGAGCUUCGAAGUGCCGAUCCCUAUGGCCGCGGACCCGACUCGACAGCGGCAACGGCGGACGAGACCGAGACCGACUGCCCGGCCGACCCGGAGCCGACACGCGAACUCAUGACCAAAGACCCCACUACGCUGCGCGCGGCCGCGGGCUUCACCGGUCCGUCGUAUGGCUCCAUCGACCCGCAGAAUUCAUAUGACAGCACUGGUGAUGAGAGCACCGCCCCCUCCCCGGUGCCGUCCCGGAAGCCCUCCGAUGCAAGCCGAGAUUCGAUUAGGGAAUUCCGAAUAAGAAGACGCGGGGAUGGCUCCCAUUCCAGGUCGUCUACCUUGAGAAAGACGCCGAGACGGUCUGAGGAGCUCGGGGGAUCUACCACCAUUGGUGGACUUGAGGGCCGCUUCGGCACCACAGAUACACCCCUUCUGAACGACUUGGACAAACAGCGCGAAUCCGCAGACGAAGACGAGGAGCAGUUCUUUUCGGUGCCCGACUCGGACAUCGACGAUGAGGACGAUCCGCCCGACAACUCUCCCUAUGCCCAAGUCCGCGCUUCCGUCUCGCCCACCGACAACACAAGCCUCUCAAUCAACACGCCCCGGAUGUGGGCUCUUUCUAUCCUUUUCUCCAUUCUCGGAUCCUCGACCAAUUUGUUCUUCUCCCUGAGAUACCCCAGUGUUGCAAUCACUCCCGUUAUAGCGUUGUUAAUGGUACACCCGCUUGGUCUUUUAUGGGACUAUCUAUUGAAACGCUCCGAUGAUCCGCCUGAAGAGUAUGUUGACGGUUUCCGUAGCGACAAUGCGUCGACAGCCAGCACAGAGGACCAACCUCAUUUCGUCCCCUGGGAGCGCAGGAGCAGACUCGAUCGCGUGCGGCUGUGGUUGGCACAGGGCCGCUGGAACGAAAAGGAGCAUAGCUGCGUUUAUGUCAGCAGCAAUGUGUCGUUCGGCUUCGCCUUUGCCACCGAUGUCAUCGUCGAGCAGACGCAGUUUUACAAGCAGGAAGCCAGCAUUACCUACCAGCUCCUGCUCACCCUAUCCACGCAGAUUCUAGGCUACGCCUUCGCUGGCCUCACGCGGCGCUUCCUGGUCCGGCCGAGUGGCAUGAUUUGGCCUGGGACCCUCAUGUCGGCGGCCAUGUUUACCACCCUCCAUAAGGAGGAGAACAAGGAGGCCGACGGCUGGAAAAUCAGCCGGUGGAAGUUUUUCUACGUUGUCUGGCUAGGCGCCUUCCUCUUUUAUUUUCUGCCGGGCCUCUUGAUGCCCGCCCUCAGCUAUUUCAACGUCAUCACCUGGUUCGCCCCUGAGAACGUCGUCAUUGCCAACCUGUUCGGCGUUGUCUCCGGCCUGGGAUUGUUUCCCCUGACUUUUGACUGGGCACAGGUAGCCUACAUUGGCUCACCGCUGUUAACCCCUUUUUGGGCAGCCAUGAAUGUGGUCGGCGGUCUCGUCCUGGUCAUGUGGAUCGUUGCGCCCAUCGCAUACUACAGCAACUGGCUGUACUCGGCGUACAUGCCGAUUCUGUCGUCAGCCGUCUUCGAUAACACCGGGAAUGUGUACGACGUCAGUAAGGUUCUUACCGAGGACUUUUUGUUUGAUCGGGAGGCGUACUCCAAGUACAGCCGUGUGUUCCUCCCCAUCACGUACGUCCUGAGCUACGGGGUGCAGUUUGCCGGACUGGCCUCGCUUCUUACGCACACCAUCUGCUGGCAUGGCAAGGACAUAUGGACGCAGUGGAAAAGGUCACUGGAGGAGCCGUCUGGAGAGCCAAAAUGGGGUUACCAGCCAGUAACCAAUUCAGGCGAAUCGUCAGCCAGCGCAUCCAACGGACAUGACCGACGGGCAAACAGAUCCUCAACGAGUAUCGACAACCUCAUGAGCCGCGAGGAUGUCCACAAUCGUCUGAUGAAGAGAUACAAGGACGCACCGAUGCUGUGGUAUCUGACGACGUUCAUCUCAAUGACGGCAAUCGGCAUCUUUGUCGUUGAAUAUUACCCGAUCCACCUCCCGUGGUACGGCCUCCUCCUCGCCCUCGCCAUUUGCACUGUUCUCUUCAUUCCCAUUGGCAUUGUCAUGGCCGUCACCAACCAGCAUUCAUCCAUCUACCUCAUCUGCCAGCUCAUUGCUGGGAUCAUCUUCCCCGGUCGCCCCGUCGCCAACAUGGUCUUUGUCACGUACGGCUACAUCUCGUCCGCCCAGGGCAUCAAGUUCGCCGCCGACCUCAAGCUCGGCCACUAUAUGAAGAUCCCCCCGCGGAUUCUCUUCACUGUCCAGAUCGUCGCCACCAUCAUCUCCUCACUCACCCAAAUCGCCGUCCUCAACUGGAUGUUCAUCAACAUUCCGAACAUUUGCACCCCGCAAGCUUUGAACGGCUUUACCUGCCCCAUUGCACGGGUCCACUUCAACGGCUCCAUCCUCUGGGGUGUCGUCGGCCCGGCCGAGUUCUUCGGCCCCGGCGCCACCUACCGGCCCCUGGUGUGGGCCUUUGCCGUCGGCGCCGUCCUGCCCCUUCCCCUGUGGCUGUACGCCCGCAACCGCAGGCACUCGCUCCUCCGAAAAGUCAACCUACCCGUCUUGUUCGGCUCGCUCGGCUGGAUCCCGCCCGCGACAGGAUUGAAUUUUUCCGUCUGGGCUCUGGUCUGUUACGUGUUUAAUUACCUGGUCAAGAGGCGCGCGCCGGCGUGGUGGGCCAAAUACACCAUGACGCUGAGCGCGGCGCUGGAUUCCGGCCUGGCGUUUGGCAUUGUCGUGGUGUUCUUUGGGUUUGUCUAUUCGGGCGUCAUGAACGGGUUCUCGUGGUGGGGCACGGAGGUGUAUAAGCGCGGGUGUGACUGGCAGGCGUGUGCGUAUAGGAGUGUGCCAGAGCGGGGCAGGUUCGGGCCGGAUGUUUGGUAGUAGGGCUUGGGACAAGGAAAGGGGGAAACUGUGGUGAAGGGGG